CCCAGUUCUUUCUGUCCUCGCUUCAGCUCCAGCAGCAGAUUUUCUUCUCUCCUGGUCUUUUUCUCCUUUAUUGUCCUUUUCACCUUCCUAACUGUCUGUUUUCUGUCAGUUUUUUCUUCUUUUCCUUGUUUUGUGUUCCCUAAAACAAAACAAAACCAAAAAAAAAACAAAAAACAUUAGUUAGUCUUUCCCUUACCUCUUCCCACCUCCCCCCCUUCAGCUCCUUCCAUUUCAUGGGCAGCCCGCUUAGGGCAAGAAUUGUUUUGGUGCCCAGAGGCAAAAUUCAGGACCGUUUGGGUCCGGGACUUUCAAGGGCUUUCGGCACCCCAGCUCCAACGCGACCGAGCUUGCCGCUCUGCUCUCCGGAACCGGGGCAUUCUUGCAGGCGGGAGAAUUCUGCACUCCCCAGCUGCACAGCAACGAACGCCACAAUCAGGUCAGAGGAGCGAAGGGAAGGCACCAAGCACCCAGGGAAGCUCCGUUUAAUCAGUUUGGCUGCGACGACGGUGACGGCUGCCUUGGAGCCGCCCGCACCGAUCGUUCCCGGGUCCGCGGCGAGUCUCCUGCCCUCGGGCCGCGAGACUCGUGCUUCAGCGGCCCGGAGGGCAGCGGAGGGUGCCGUUUGCACUUCGGAACCUCGUGGCCCCUCGGAAGGUGCAUCAGUUCAGCGGGCAGUUCGCGUCAGUAACAGCGGGGAGAUACUUAAAAUGGCGACUGAGCUCGAAAGAACGGCGCGAAAAAAGCCGGCGGCCAUUAAAAUUGAAUGCACUGGAGCAUUCCCUUCCAAGGCCCUCCUUGCAACAACAGGAACAUGUUGAGGUACCGGGCGAAUCGGUAGGGGGCGGGGGAGAAGCGGGCCCCAGCCAUGGCGUGACCUCAGAAGAGAUUAGGCGGAUUGGCGAGCUGGCUAGCAACCUGACCGGCAGGGCAGCGAGGCCAUCACAGGCAUCUUCUGUUCCUAAGAUGGCGACGGUUGCGAAGAAUCCCUCCAUUUUACCUGAAGGAGCCGGUAAUGUAAAAGGGAGACAGUCUCUAAAAGGGCGGGAAAAGCCUAAGACUGUGACUAUGGAGUUUGGCCAGCAGGGGGAGUCUGCUGCAGAGACUGGGCCUAAAGCAGCCUCCAGUUCUAACUCUGCUGUUUUACCUAAGUCUGUGCUGCCACCUGAGUAGCAGGCAUGGUUUCGCAAUGCAAUCAUUGGCACCAUCUACCAGCAAACCACUACAGAUAUGUUGAGGACACCAAAUGCGGAUGCCCCGAUUUCGCAAUUGGUGUCGGAUUCCUUGGCAUCUCGAGAGGGUAAGUUUUCUCUAAAAGACAUAGCUGACCAGAAGGUCUAGCUGUCAUUUAAUCGUGCCAUGAGAACGUGUCCCUGGUGGUCCGUGCAACAGCGGCAGCAUCCAGGGCAGCCGUGACUCCUUAUUAUUGGUGGUCAAUCUUCUGAGUGAUCCUCCAGGGGACCCAGUUAAGAUGUGACAGCAACUAUUCAAGAUCCAGAAGGCGCAGGCCUUUAUAGCUGAUGCCACUCUUGAUACGAUUAGAUUCUCAGCGCAAGAGGCGGUUUCAUCAUUUGUUGGCAGACGCCACUUGUGGCUCAAAAUUGGACAGGUUGGUUCUACCUCUAGGCUAAACCUCGCUACCGUCUCUUACGACAGUAAGAAGCUUUUUGGUGAGUCUGCCCUACAAGACAUUCUUGUAGAAUCGUCUGAUAAGUGAAAGACGAUGCCUUCAACCAAUAAAAAGACUGAUAAACAGCCUUUUAAAAGGCCCUUCCAAUACAAUCGGUCCUCUCAUAGCUUCCGGCCCUUCAGGGGCCAGGACAGAGAUACAAAAUUCCAGAGGGGGUCUUGGAAUCCUCAGAGAGCACCCUUUAGAGGGUUUGGUACCUACAAACGGCAAGCUGCUCAGUCAAAGCAGCAAAAACCCACUACAAUGACGUGAAGCAUUUCAGGCUUGGAGGGCAUUUGUCUCACCUCGCCCCAGCCUGGGAAGAUUCAACCUCAGACAACUGGGUUCUGCAGCUGAUCCAUCACAGCUACAGGAUAGAGUUUCUCUCCUCUCCCCCUGCUGCUUUAUCCCCACUCCAAGGUCAAAAGCAUUCUCAAAGCAUUUGCCGAUAGUCUAGGCGAUCCAACUCCUCCUGGACAUCAGGGCAGUGGAGCCAGUGCCUCUGGCACAGGAGGGAGAGGGAGUUAAAACAAAACAAACAAAACAAAACAUGUGCCCAUUCACCCCGACAGCAGGCACCUCCUACGCUUCAAAUACGCAGGCAAUCAUUUCCAAUACGCGGCCUUACCGUUCGGCCUAUCAGCAGCCCCCAGGAUCUUUACGAAGGUUCUGGCACCGUUGAAGUCGACUGAUGUCCCUCUCCAGGUUAUUGGGUCUCAUGGUCGCAACCUUGGACGUCGUACUGUGGGCAAGACUCCAUCUUCGACCGCUGCAAUGGUUCCUCCUACCUCACCAGCACUCCAUCGCAAAGAGGAAGCUCCUGUACCUACAGAUUCCGAAACAAGUUCGCCAAGCUCUAAGGUGGUGAUUGAGCCCACUCAACUUGUUUGCAGGAAAGGAAUUCCUCGAUCCACCAAGAGUUUUGGUCACGGCGGAUGCGAGCGACAGGGGAGGGGGGGGCUCAUUGUCUCCACCUUUCGGCCCAGGGUUGAUGGGAUCCCGCGGAAAAGGCACACAGUAUCAAUUGGAGAGAACUGAGAGCCAUCCGGUUAGCCCUCAUCGCCUUCCAAACGACAAUUCAGGAUCGCCACUUCCUAGUAAAAACGGACAACACAACACCAAAGGCACACGUCAAUCGUCAGGGGGGCACUCGAUCACACUCUCUUCACCUGGAGGCAAUGUUUCUACUAAACUGGGCGGAGGCCAAUGUUCGUUCCCUAAUAGCUCAUCACCUCAAAGGGGAGCUAAACACAAAGGCCGAUUGGCUAAGCAGGGAGGACAUUCAUCCAGGGGAAUGGAGUCUUCACCCAGAGGUCUUCCACCUUCUAACCCUAUGCAUGGGCGUACCCUGCAUGGACUUGUUUGCGUCCCCGAUAAACUCCAAAGUGCGCCAGUUCAUGUCCAGGUUCCCUGCUCAGGGAGAGACGUCAGUGGACGCCCUGGCCAGCCCGUGGCCCGAGGGGCUGCUGUUCGCCUACCCCCCCGACUCCUCUACUGACCAAGGGUCAUCAGGAGGAUUUGCCUCUUGAGGGCCCGAGUCAUAUUAGUCGCCCCCUUCUGGCCCAGGAGGCCAUGGUUUUCGGAGCUCGUUCUCAUGGCAGAGGAGGAUCCAUGGCAACUACCUGUUAGAGAAGACCUGCUCUCCCAGGGACCGGUUUACCACCCCGACCCAGCGUGGUUAAGGCUGACCGCCUGGAAACUGAACGGAGCUUGUUAAAGGAGUUCGGAUAUUCCACGGCGGUCAUGAACACGAUCUUGGCAUCUAGAAGGCCUUCCAUGAAUCGGAUAUACCAGACAACCUGGCGGGCAUUCCUCAAAUGGUCCUCUCUGCACUCCAUCCCUCGGGGGUCGGCUUCCAUCAAACACCUCCUGCAAUUCCUUCAAGAUGGGUUAGACAAGGGCCUCAAGCCCAACACCCUAAAACGCCAGGCUGCAUUGUUGCUGGGCCUUAUCUCAGGCAGACCCCAAGAGUCUCUGUCCUCAUAUCCGCACCUGCGACGUUUCCUGAGAGGAGCCACCCUCCUAUCGCCUCCAGUAAUACACAGGUUCCCAUCAUGGGACCUCCAUCUGGUACUCUCCGCUUUACAGCACCCUCCAUUUGAACCAAUAUCCUCCAUUCCACUGGAAACACUGUCAGAGAAAUUGGCCUUCCUGGUGGCUAUCACGUCGGCACGCCGUAUUUCAGAGUUGAGGUCUCUUUCGGUCGAUAAAGCAUUCUGUGUGUUCCAAAAGGAGGCGGUACGGCUGAUACCGGAUCCUUUCGUAUGCACGAAGGUGCCUUCCAUCUUUCACCAAUCUCAGGACAUUUUUCUGCCUUCAUUCUGUCCUCGUCCGGUGCAUGAACGAGAAAAGCUCUGGCACAAGCUGGACGUGCGUAGAUGCUUAAAAACCUACAUCAAACGCACAGCUUCCCUACGCAACACCAACUCCAUGUUCGUGGAAGUUCGUGUAAAGGGAAAGGGGUCCGCCAUUUCCGCAAAAACCAUCGUUCGCUGGAUUAAAGAUUGCAUAGUACUGGCUUAUCAGUCUAUGCGCAAGAGCCCGCCUCCCGGAAUCAUGGCACAUUCCACUAGAUCAGCAGCGGCCUCAGCGGCCUUUUCAGCACACGCUCCGGUUCAGGAUAUUUGCAGAGCGGCAACAUGGUCUACGCCCUCAACCUUCACAAAGCACUAUAAGAUUGAGACACACGCCACUAUCCAGGCGGCCGUCGGCAGAAGGAUCCUUCAGCAGGUCCUCCCACGGGACUAGGCGGAAGCGGUUUCCCUCCCUGUGGACCAAGCUGGGGUAUGUCCCCAGAGAUGUCCCUGGCAUCAAGAACUGAGAACGGAGCAUUGGUGUCCACUUACCGUGAAGGCUCCUUCUUGUUCUUGAUGCCAGGGACAUCUCGACCCACCCAGUGGUACGCUCCGCCUGGUCCCGUUGGACGGAAGGCAUGUCUCUACCUGUUAGACAGGUGAAACCUUUCGUAUCCAUGUUUUUCCUUAAUAAAAGGUACCUGUCCGUUACAGUUCUACCUAAUGUUGUUUGUGUUAACGGGUUACGUGUCCAGUUUAUUUGUUGCUACUGCCUCGCUCGAACAGAGAACUGGGGCGGGGUUAUCCUCUGCAGCCCCAAGUGGGCGGGCAUUAUCUGUUUUGUUUAUUCACAGUAACUGUCCUGCUUGGAGCUGGUGGGGAAGGAUAACCCAGAGAUGUCCCUGGCAUCAAGAACAAGAA